AUUUUAAAAUUAUAGUGCAUCGAUAUUUCCGUAAAUGACCGUCGUCAUAACAACAGGUUAUUUACCUUAUUUAUAUAAUACAUGCUUGGUAGUUAAUUCAUAAAACGAUAGCAUCUGCGCAAGAAAUGGACCAGAAGACUGAGACAGCAGUAGAAGUUGGUCCAGGUGGAGUACCAAAGGGUACAAAAACUUCAGACUGUUACAGAACAGACAAUAUUCCUACUCGCUUUGACAAUCCAGAAUGGUUCAAGACGCCAUACACUAAACCUCAGCAUCCAAUGUACAGGACGACAGCUCAAGUAUAUGGAUCAAAGGCUCCUUCAGUUCACACUAUGCCAACUUGUUUUCAUGCAAAAUCUCAGCAAUUUACUCAGAAUCUCGGUGUUUGUGGUAUGUACAGAAACCAUUCUCUAAACACAGCACCUGAUCGUGCCGGAAUAUGAGAAUCGAACCUAGAUAAUAAACAGACUGAUGUGCAGUUGAUGUCACCACCUGUGAACUCGCCGUUUCUUUUAAUGUGAAGGAAAGAAAUAUGCUUGGUGCCAUUUUUAUCAGAAGAACUCACCUGUGCACUGUUUUUGUUUUAAUAAUGACAGAUGUUGGAUUAUUUUUAGAAAAGAAAAAAAAGUAUCACAAAUUAUUUUAAUCAUCUUGUUUUGAAUAUGGUACUGUCUGCGUAAUGUGUACUUGUCACUUGUGUGUUGUACUAUACUAUAACAGAUAAUAUCACCUGGCUUGUCUUCAAGACUUGUCUCACAAUUUUAUGUUAGGCCACAUAAAACAAAUUAGUUGGUGAGGGACCUUUUUUUUUCUUCAAAAAAUGUGAGAGGUCAGGCGAUAUUAAUUUUUAUCCUUCAGGACUAGAUAAAUUUCUAUAUUUUCAGUCAGUGACCAAAAUAUAGUUUUUUGGGACAUAACUGCUUUUAUCCUAAUUAUGAUCAGCAGAGGAAUAUUGACCUUUCACCCUACAAUGUAAACAAAUGAUGCAGUGUAAUAAUAAUAAUUAAUAACUUUAAUAUAAUAACAAGAUAUUUAGUAUUAGAAAAUAUAUUAUUUGGAUAAGAACUGUUUUGGUGUAUAUAUACUCUAGAUGACGAAGCAUUCAACACAAAUGGACUUGCUACCGGUACUCUGUAAAAUGGUUGUAAAAGUUGUAAAAUAAAGUGGUUCAUUUCAUUUUUUUGGGGGGGGGGUGGGGGGUGUAUUAUGUAGGAUUGCAGGAUUCAACAUUCUAACAUCACAUAAUAAUCUUAAUUAAUGUGGGUCUUUUUAAUUCUCAUCCACUAUAUCUUUUGUUAUGUGGCAUUAUAAAAGAAGAAAUAAACACUUAUGUGAACUUUGGAUUGUUUUUCACAAACACAAAACGAUAAACUUACAAGAUAGGGCAAUUGGGAAGUAGCCAUUGUCCUCAUGUUUUUUUUUUUUUUAGGGGAUGGGGGUUUAGGUUGGCUUGCCAGUUCACAAAACUAAAUUGCAUCAGGGUUUUUUAAUUCUGCUUACUAUCCAUCAGUUGCCCCUUCUCCAACAUUCCCAGAAAAUUGUAAGCCCCAUUUCCAGUGUACAAUUAAACAAAAGAUGGAAUUUG